GCAGGGGGCGAAGUAUUUCUCCAAGAUAGAUUUUGAAGUCCGGAUAUCAUCAGAUAGAAGUGCAUCCUGAUGAUCAGUAUAAGACAGCGUUCAUAGUGAUGCCCUUUGGACUAACCAAUGCGCCAGCUACGUUCCAGCGUUGUAUGAACGAUUUGUUUAGGCCAUGGUUAGAUAGAUUUGUUAUUGUCUACUUAGACGAUAUCUUAGUGUUUAGUAAGACCCUCCAAGAACACCAAGGUCAUCUCAGGCAGGUCUUGGAGAAGCUGAGGGAAGCUAACUUCAAGAUCAAUGCAAAGAAGUGCGAUUGGGCAAAGACCCAAGUUUUAUACCUAGGCCACGUCUUAGACGGAGACAGCGUUAAACCAGAGGAUUGUAAGAUCGCAACGAUUAGAGAUUGGCCCACGCCACGUACGCUGACAGAGUUGCGCUCGUUCCUGGGCUUAGCUAACUACUACAGGAACUUUGUGAGGAACUUCUCCACCAUCGAUGCACCCCUUCGCAGAUUGUUGAGGAAAGAAACCAUCUGGAAGUGGGACAAGGACUGCACGUCUGCCAUGAAGAAGUUAAAGCAGGCAGUGAUAGAGUACUCGGUCCUUAAGGUAGCCGAUCCGUCCUUGCCCUUUGUCGUCACUACGGACGCUAGUCAGUACGGCAUAGGUGUCGUGUUACAGCAAGACGAUGGCAAUGGUUAUAGACCCGUAGAGUUCAUGACCGCUAGGAUGCCUUCAGAGAAGGUCGCGACAACUACCUAUGAGAGGGAACUCUACGCUCUCAGGCAAGCCUUAGAACAUUGGAAGCACUACUUGCUUGGGAGGCACUUUAAAGUCUAUUCCAAUGAGACGUUAAGAUGGUUAAAGACGCAGGCCAAGAUGACACCUCAGCUUACUAGGUGGGCCGCAGAGAUAGAUCGGUACGACUUCGAGCUCAAGCCAGUCAAGGGAAAGUAUAACGUAGUUGCGGAUGCUCUGAGUAGGAGUGCUGAUUACUUUGGGGCAAUAGUGCAUUACCUAGACAUAGGGAAGGACCUGCAGCAGAAGAUUAGAGAAACCUAUGCACAGGACCCUAUCUAUAGUGACCUCCUCAAGAAGGUCAAGGAGGCCCCAGAGACAGAGCCAAACUACCGCACUACGGAAGGGUUGCUUUUUGAGAAACUAAUGUAUUUGACCGCCUGUGCAUUCCCAGUGGCGAAGAGGUCCGUAGUCUGAUUUUGGGAGAAUGCCACGAUACAG